AUGGGCCGUAGACAGCAAAGCCGAUCCCUUCAGCCAAUUAUUGACCAAGGCCUGAACAAACCCCGCAGAUUUCAAGUAUCCGGCCAUUUCCCAGAAUCGCUGCGACCGACGACGGCGACGAGCAAGUCUCCGAAGCGACAAGAUUCACAACAAGUUCUCAUACUCAAAUCUCAUUAUACCACCGAAAUGCAGUUCCUCACUCUCCUCUCCCUCGCCGCGGCCGUCGCCGCCGUGCAGAUCAACACCCCCUGCGGCAACAACUACGGGCAGGAGGUGUGCGCCGACGGCGGCGCCAGCAACCAGCGCGCGUACGUGGCCGUCUGCAACGACCAGCACGUCUGGGCCGUCCGCCAGGCCUGCGGCAACCGCUUCUGCUGCAAGGACAAGGAGGGCGGUGGUGGCUACUGUGCCUGUUAA